AAUAGUGAGUAGUCUUGAUGUCACGUGACAUAGUUAUUGUAUUGUGCCAUAAUUUUACUGUAUAAAUUCUUCUUUUUUUUAUUGUUAGAAAUAUGGAAGAGAAAAAAGGACGAAAACGACAGAAGAAUUUAGCAGAGGAGAAGUGGAAGUGCACUAUUUGCACGUUUGAGAAUCGAUUGGAAGCUUAUAAAUGUGCAAUGUGUGAAACUAGAAAGGGAACAAGUACGAGAAAACCAAAGGUAUCGCUAUCUCAACAUUUUCCUUCAACUUCAAAGACAGCAAAAAGUUCAAGUUCCUUAGACAAAGUUAGUCGAACAAGCACUGUAGGAAAUAGCGAUAGUCCUUCACUUAGUCAAGAUGUUCCUACUCCAACUGAAAAAUCUUUUGAAGCCGAAGAAAGCAUUCAGGAAAUUGAACCUACCCCUUCCGAAACGAAUGUACCAUCAGUGACUACUACAAAACGAGCCCAAAAUGUACCUAAGAUAUAUAAGAGAAAACUCAAAAAACCUCCUCGUCAUAAAAAUAUAGAUAGAUCGACAGCGGUAAAAACAAAAAUAACUGUUAAUGGUAUUACUGUUCAAUUUAUUGACUAUCAACGUAAAAAAUCUGGUAGCGAAAUUAAGCUGCAUUCAGAAGAAAAUGGAGCGAAAAUUGAUGCCAUUUCAGACUCAGAAAAUGUGCAAAAUCUAAGUUGA